AGUUUUACCAAUGACCUGCGCUUGUUUCAGUUGGCGCCGAUGUAGGUUUUUUUGUAAUCCUUGGUAUCUCGUUGUUUGAUAUUUUUAAGAAUGCGUCCUACCCGACGUCAGUCAUAUAUUCGUGAACAGUGUGUAAGUAAGAAUGCUUCUAAUCAGUGGUAAUAGUGCUUUAUUAUAUUUUUAACAUUACAAUUUUCAUCUCGUAAACGUCAGUUUGAAGUGUUUUUUCUACUUAUGUAUGUGUCCAAGGUGCCUUAUCGUUGACGUAACUCCUACAAUCUCAAGAUGUUCGAUUGUCACCAGACACUUCUUGACUAUUGCCUUGUACGAAAAUUAUGGGCCAUGUUAUUCAAGUCGAUGAGACUAAAUAUGGGGAAUUAGUCGCGAUUUUAAGGAGCUCUAUAUUUUAUCAGUUUCUUAGCUUUAGCGUCACUUUCUGUCUGAGUUUCUUGUGUACUUACUAAAAUUAUGGAAUGCCGUAUUUGGCUGGUUUUAUUCUUUUCUGCAAGUGCUAUAAAAACCAAGUGUCACAAUGUCGUUUUCAUUUCUAGCUUUUGCUCAAUUGAAACGACGCUCUGUGAUUGUGAGUAGCUACCAUUGUGGCCUGAAUAUUUCCAUCAAUUGUUUUGUGAAUGUUUGAUGCUUGAAAAGAUACAACAAUGUACAUUUUACCGUUCAGCAUUACUGCAAAUCUCUUGGCAUUAUUUUUAUUUAUUUAGGAAUCCGAAAGAACUCGACUUGAAUAUGAUACAUUUACCUUUCCGUUCCUAAUCUCUGGGUCCUUAGAUAAUGUUAACAACAGAACUUUUCACACCUCUCAAGACAGGGUUUGAUAAACCAUCAACGAAAUAUUCUUAUUGGCAACCCGGUUUCAUUACCUGUAGCUUAAACACCCACGCUCAUUAUGUGUCUAUGUUCUGACUAUUACAUUUCCGGUUAUUCACCUGUAUUCUGACCUGAUUUUCUAAGCUGUCAUACCCUUCAUGCAUUUAGCGAUUUAACACAUUGAUGUAAGAAUUAAAAUUACAUACUAUUCUCAUAUGUGUUCCCUGUUUAACGCCAAAUACAAAUAUACUACCAGAAAUUUCUGGUAUAAGUGAAUCCGGAUCUCGUUAGAAUGAGUCUGGAUAAAUACAUCUGUGCAGUUUCCACCGGUUUUUAUGUAUGCCACCAUAUAGGUUAAGCAUAAAAUUGGUAGCUCAAUAAACACUGAUUCGAAUACCACUGACCUAAAACUCAUCUCUGUCAUCUCUGCCAACUUAAAAACUGGUUUUUAAUACAUUAUAUAUUUAUUGAAAAGACGUGUAAAUAUGAUUUGCAUGACAAUGAAGCUGGAGAAAUCGUAUGUGCAAACUUUUAUUAAUAGUAGUCUGUGCUGACGACUUAAGCGACUUAUUGUAUAAUUAAAAAAACUUAGUUAUCAGAAAAUUAACGAGGAAUACCAACUAAAUUACAGUGGAAUAACAGUUUUUAUGUGACUAACAAAUCCUUACAUGUUGAACUAUUCAUGGUAAGGGAAAAAGGGUUAAGUCUACAUAUCAGUGGUUGGCGAAUGUUGUGAGUUAGGUUAUAACUCUGCAGGAUGUUAGUCACCAAAUAACAUCAGGUAUUAUGCAAAAGGGUUAUGGUUUCCACCUUGAGCUGACAUCAACUAAAUUGUAGUGGAGCGCUGCUACUCUUUUGUUCACAAACUUACAAAACUUAAAGUUAGUGAGACUAUAAUUCAUGAACAACCUUUGAGAAACACCAAAAUGGCCUCGAAAACACCUACUUACCAGAGUUAAAUCAGAGUUAUGGAUUAAUGAGAGGAAUUAGGAUUAGAAUUUAGAUGUUAGGGCUAGAAAUUAUAAAUAACACUUCCACAACGAACUAAUAUCAACCGUAGUGUUAAGGUGCCAUUUGACCAAAUGAAUGAAUCAAUUUUGCGUCAAAAUCCAAAAUCUGCUGUCUUAGAUCUGAUUGGUUCAUCCUUAAAAUUUAGACAGAAGUUAGAGUAAAAGUAUCUAGCUGUAUAUUUACCCCUAAUUAUCCAUUGAAUUUCAUAUUUUUUACCGUCAAUUUCAAACACUUUAGGAACUGAGUAUUCACAGUUUUCACUUGGUCCAUAGUAACCUGCAAGAUAUAAUUCAUUUUUGUAUUGGUUGUUUGAAUUUUCCCAUUUAUGUUUAGGACUGCAAUUGGUCAGUUUCUUAUUGGCACGUGUAUCCUGUGCGAAUUGCCUUGAUAUUGCCUUGAAUUAAAAGCAUUAUAAGUGGAGGUUGAUGGUGGCCAGCAGUGGAUCCAACUAUUAGCCACCAAUCCCUGGUUAUAACUUGUAUAAUAUCUAACAUUACGGUUCCGAUUUCUCGCAGAAUCUCGUGGGGAAUCGUUUCAAUUCUUAGUGGCUCACCCGAGGCCAUCAGAAUGGCAUGUUUGUCAAAGUUUUCAAAUCGCAAAAUAGCCUGGUUGUUUUAGUGGGCUUUGCAGUACUUAAAUACAUCUUGCUAACCAAUUAUUUUGUUUUAUGAUCCUUGAAUUAUACGUUUUGUGAAGGUCACACUAACCCUUGACUUCUUGAUGUCAGCAUGGUUUAGAAAAGGACAGAAAAAUGUAAUACACAUCUCUAUCUUGGUCUAUCUGGUUAACAAUGGUCAUAUGUUUGACAAGACCAGAUCAUUUUGAGUGAUCUAUAGUAUACCUUCGUCAUUUCUCAAUCGGGUUGUCCCAUCUUUUACAUAUAACAGAAGCUAAAAGGAUCUAAACAUACAACCCUAGUUUAUAUGUUCAGAAGAAAUUCGUGACACUUCUGUCCCUUCAUUGGUCAGAUAUGACUUAACAAACGAUUUUUUUGAUCUUUGUACAUCUCUUAUUUUACCUCCUGCUUAUAUUCUCCAAUAUCUAAUUAUUUACAUACAUAAUGGUGCUUUGUAAUUUUUUAAAGUCUAUUUACCAAAUUUUCACCUACUUCCUAUUUUGAACUGUUGACUAGAACAUCUGUUAUUUUAUUACCCUUGACCACCACUAUUGCAUCUGUCUUACUAUCAGUACUUUUACGCAAUCCAUUUAGUUGUAACCUUUGAAUUAUAAUUUGCCUUCAUUGAGUUAAUAUUUUCAUAUACAUACUGAUGUAUACUAAAUUGAUGACGAUCUAUUUGAAAACAGUAUUGUUCGCUUGUAUGUGUUGUUCUAAUUGAUAUUUUUUUCAGAUAAGUUUGAAAAGGUAUCUAUUGUUAACCUUCAGAGUUACUUUUUCCAUCUAUUGUUUUCACUGCUCACCGCUGUUCAAGAUCAUUACUUAUACCUUUUGUCACUCCAUAUUUCAAUUGUUUCCGCUCCUCACUCUGUUCGGAGCCAGAUUCUGCGCUACUAGUGGUUAAAUAAAGAUUUUAAACGUUGUCUAGUUGCUCAAACGGGAGUCAGUAACGUGUAGUUUAAGGCUGCGAUAUACUGAUUGAACGUAAUGCGUUUUAAUCACUAAACUAUCACUUUGUAAGAAUGGAUUGUGCUCCAUAAGGAUUGUCGUAAAAACUAUAAGGAAACGAUUUUUGUUCAGUAUAUCUCAUUUUCCGGAAUCAACUGUCAUAUGUGUUUGUCAAAUAGUCAAUAAGAGCAACUAAUAGGUUUUUUCCUGUUUUUAAUUUUUUUGCCAGGUUUUUAUUGGACUUGUUUUGUAAAGUCUGGGGUUAGUGAUUAAAACUUUCGGUUUUAAUCACUAGACCAUAUGUUUAAAGCUCAAUUUACGUACUUGGUUUUGAAUAGCAUCACUAAUUCUUUCAUUCAGAAUAUAAUUUAAAAGUGAAUGCGAAAAAACUAUACUUUCUCGAAAAGCCAUAUCCUUUUAUUCUUGGAAAUAAAAAGCACUAAAUUGCUUUUAUCUGUAAUUUUCUUCGUAUUAAAAGGUUUCAUACUUGGUCAUAGUCUAUGUUUUUUCCAGCCCGAUUUAGAUAUGUCAACUAAAUCUAUCACGAGUACUGAUCCUAACCAGUCUGGUUCAUUAUUGCCUGUUCAAUCACCUGUUCAAUUAAGAAAACGUGGCCGACCAAGUAACAGGAAGUUAGUUCAUUUUAAUCAGAAUUCAUUAAAUGGAUCAUCUGAUCCUAAACAUAUCAAUAAUAAUUUUGAAGAAAAUUCAUCAACCAAUGAAAAUCAAAGAUAUUUUAUCAAUAAAAAAAUAAAUCAAUCCAAUUUAUAUUCUUCAAGUUCAGAUGAUUCAAAUUUACAUUAUCCACAUCGUGUAUUACGUCCACGUAGAUCAACAUCAAAUUAUUAUCCACAAAGAAAAAGACGAAAACAUUUACGUUGUGAAAUAACUAAAAAAUCAUUAUCUACUCAUCGAAAUAUUCAAUAUAAUUUACAAACUAAUUCAUUACAAGAUAAUUUAUCCAUUAACAUUAAACCAUGUACACAUUUAAUAAAAGUUGAAGAAGAUCAUAAUAAUGCUAUGCUUGAAGAUGAUGAUGGUGUAGAUGAUGUUGAUAAUGAAGAGGAAGAUGAUCAAGAUGAACAACAAACAAGACGUUAUCCAGUACGUAAUCGUAAGAAUACUAUUGUUUACCAGGUUGAAAAUUUGCAGAAUAAUCAUAGUAAUAGUAACAAUCAUGGUGUUCAACAACAUCAAAGAAACUGGUUAGCCGGUACAGGUUAUCAUAAAGAAAGACGAUCACGUCAAUCGAAAUCCAAUCAUCGUAAAAAUUUAGAACAUUGUGGUUCAAGUAGUAGUAGUACAUCGUCUUCUUCAUCAACAUCAUCGUCAAGAUCUCAUAUUUCUGAUAGAUUAUUCUGUAAUCGUAAUAAUUGGCAUAAUCGUUGGCAUUGUUCUUCCACUAAAGAGAAUAAUGUUCCAUUAACAGUUGAUAAAGAUGAAAAACGUUUUCAACGUCGUAUUAAUAAAAGUAUUAUACAUGCUAGAUCAGAGCUUAUGCCUAUAAACAGUCAUCAACUUGGUUAUGAAAAUAAAUCUACGGCAGGAAAUCGAAGUUUUUCUACAACUUGCUUGGCAGAUAUCGAACCAAUGUCUAUUGAUUCAUCUGUCGGGUUCGAACAAGUUGGGGGUCAUGAAAAACAUAUAUUAGCAUUGAAAGAAAGUAUAAUUCUACCGCUAAUGUAUCCUGAAGUGUUUUCAAAAUUCAAUGUAGAUCCACCUCGUGGUGUACUGUUUUCAGGACCUCCAGGUACUGGUAAAACACUGUUAGCCAGAGCUCUUGCAAAUGAAUGUAGUCGUUUAGCUCAAGGUAGCAAUAAUAAUAAUAAUAAUACCGUAAAACAACGUCGUCCUAUUGCAUUUUUUAUGCGUAAAGGAGCAGAUUGUUUAUCUAAGUGGGUUGGUGAAUCUGAACGUCAAUUAAGAUUACUAUUUGAUCAAGCAUAUCGAAUGCGUCCUUCUGUAAUUUUUUUCGAUGAAAUUGAUGGUUUAGCUCCUGUUCGAUCUUCAAAACAAGAUCAAAUUCACUCCAGCAUUGUUUCCACUCUUCUCAGUUUAAUGGAUGGUUUAGAUAAUCGUGCUGAGGUUGUGAUUAUUGGUGCAACAAAUAGACCAGAUGCUAUUGAUCCUGCCUUACGACGUCCUGGACGGUUUGAUCGUGAAUUCGUAUUCACAUUACCAACAGAGGCAGUUCGACGUCGUAUACUCGAUGUGAUUACUGCAAAAUGGGACUCAAAACCAGAUUCAUUGUUACUUGAUCAAAUUGCUGCAGCAACGAUCAAUUUCUCCGGUGCUGAUCUCAAAGCAUUAACUACAGAAGCAUGUUUAUGCUGUCUACGUCGAUGUUAUCCUCAGGUAUAUAGUAGUCAGGUGAAAUUAGCUUUGGAACAUAAGUAUUUAGUGGUCUCUCAUGCGGAUUGGUUUGAAGCAUUACAAAUUGUUCAUGCAUCAAGUGAUCGUUUUGAUAGUGAUGUAUCAGCUUCAAAUUUAACACCAUCAACAAAUGCAUUAUCUUCUACUAUACGUACACCAUUAUCUCCGACAUUAGCCAAGUUAUUAUCACAUCAUGUUAAUAAAAUUGUAAAUUAUAUAACACGAAUAUUAUUAUUGACUAAUUCAAGAAAGUUUGGUUCCUUGAGUAAUAAUAAUAAAGAAUUAUCUUUAUUAUUAUCAUCAUCAUCACCGUCAUCAUCAACAGGCAUUGUAUAUGAUAAUGUUUCAUCGUGUAUUAUCAAAUCGAAAUUAUUCAUUCAUGGUAAUAUAUCGGAAAUUAUUAUGAAUGCUGUAUGGCAUAGAUUAGAGGCAUUACAUGUAUUCACACUUAAUUUGGCCAAUCUAUUUGCAUUCCCUACAAGUCUUGGAAUGUGUCCAGAAGCGGCUAUUGCACAAAUUAUCUCCUCUAUACGACGUACAUUAAAUAAUUCUUCUUUAACAACAUUCAAUAUGAAAUCUCAAUUAAUCAAUGGAAUUGUUAUUGUUUAUCUACCAUCAAUUGAUGUACUUCUUCAUAGUUUACCACAAUUAACUGCUUCUUAUCUUGUUGAUAGAUUAAAUGCAUUAGUUGAUGAAAUCAAUUGUGAAUUGAAUUAUAUUCCUUCAACAUUGAACAAUUCUGAUCAUUUAGAGGGCUCUUUAAACAAUAAUAAUAAUAAUAAUCGAUUACAGUAUGCUACCAUGAAAACUUCACGUCGAUUAAUCAUUAUUGGAACGUGUACAAAACCACAACAACAAUAUUCUAAUUAUUUCCCUCCAAGAAUUGUUCCACCUGUUAACAUAGAAAAACGUAAUUCACCUAUUAAACAGUGCAAUAAUAAUAAUAAUACAAGUACAACCCAUGAUAAUUGUGUAUCAAUAUUUCCUAAUUUAAUUGGAAAAUCAAAUGAUGUAAACUGUCGAGUUACUAGUGGUAUGAAUCUCAUCGAUAAAUCUAUAUCAUCAUCACCACAUUCAUUGCAUUUAAGAUCUUCACCAUCUUCGAUCGUUCCCAAUACAAUGCAUAAUAAUAAUAAUGAUAGUAGUGGUAAUAAUAACAAUACUACUAAUAAUAGUACUACUACUAUUGGAUUGAAUGAACACUUAAUGAAGUAUACAUAUGACCAUGAUUUAAAUAGUAUUAAAUUUCAAUUUACUAUUCAAUUACCAGAAUGUCAUAGAUCAUCAUCUAAUGCUAAACUGAAUUCUUACAUAACACCAACAUCAUUAAUGAAUACAGAUUUUAUUACAGAUAAUAAAGGGAAUAUUACUACUAUUCAUGAUACUACUACUACUAAUAACAAUAAUGAUACUACUCAUAAUUACUUAUUGGAUUAUACAGAUUUAGAUAAUGAUUAUUUAAAAAAUAUUGAUAAUUCAUUAUAUAUAAAUCAUAUAUUACAUAAAAUAUUCAAUAGUAAUCAUACAGAAUUUAUGCAUUUAGAAUUACCUAAUAAAGAGGAAAGAUUAGCAUUUUUUACAUCAGUUAUUAUUAAAUGGCCUCAAUUAACAUCAAUGGAAUUAUUAGAUAUACGUGAUAAUAAAUCAAUUAUUCAACAAUUAUCUAAUACACAAAUACCUAGUCCACAACCAGCAGUUGAAAAAGAUGAUGAUGAUGUUUCAGCAAAGUAUAAAAAAGAUCGUUAUCCAGUAAAUCUUUCCCCUGGAGAAUUAGCUAUUAUUGAAUCUAGGGAAAUGCAAUUAUUUCGUCGUCUUCGACAAAUUCUACGUAGAGUUGUUGCACAUUUAGCAAGUUUUCGUCGUUUCACCGUAUUCACUAGACCAGUUCAAUUAGAUGAAGCACCGGAUUAUUAUGAUGUUAUUAAACAACCAAUGGAUUUAGGUCUUAUACGUGAUAAAAUUGAUUCACAUCAAUAUACUAAUGUAACUGAUUUCAUGAAGGAUGUAGAAUUAGUUUAUCUGAAUGCAUUGGAAUAUAAUCCACCGAAUAUACCACGAAGUCGAGAUAUUCGUUCUAGAGCAUCUGAAUUUUGGGAUGAAGCAUGUUUACGCAUGGAAGAAGAAUUACAACCUGUUGAUUUGAAUGAAUUAUGUGAAGAGGCAACUCAAGCACGUGCAGCACGUUUGUCUCAUGCUCAACUAACUAAAACUCCGACCUCGAUGCGUCAUUCAAAACUCAAAGGAUCAGAGCAUCAAUGCUUCAAGGGUACGGAUCAAACAUCUCAAGGGACUGGUGUGAAGCCAUCAUUACCUCUUCCACAAGGUUAUCGUUAUAGUCGGAGGUUGCAUGGUGAAUCACCUAUUCUAGAACUCAGUGACAUUCUUCAAUUACAGACAUCAAACAGGCGUCGCCGUACGACUUCAUCUAAUUCUUCCUUAAAAAGUCCAUCAAAGUUACAAUCAAGUGAAUUAGACUGUGAUAUUGAUACAUGGUCUUCUCCUGGACCUACUUUGAUAAAAUCAUUUGAAGAAAAUGAAUCUGAACCUUCUCAAUUGAUGUCUAAUGAACAGUCGUCAAAUUUAUUUAAAUCACCACUUUCUGAAGAUUCAUAUAAUCGACCACGAUCCAGUCCAAAAUCUCAUGAUGAUCAAUCAUUUAAUCGAACACCAUCACCUACUCUUAAUAUUACUGCCAAUACUAAUACUACUACUACUAAUCCUACUCCUACAAGUACUUAUACACCAAUCCAAGUGGAUCUGAAAAAGUUAAAUCAUUUCCUUAAUGAAAUUGUUCUACAAACUGAUGGUUGGCCAACAUUACAACUGAUCAAUUUACAUACAGAUUUUUCUAAUUUAAUAUUUUGUAAAUAUGCACAUGUUACUGAUAGAAUGUCAUUGUCAGAUGAUUUCGAGAAGAUAUUUGCAAUUUAUCAAAAUGCACACUUCUAAUUCUCCAUAAUACACAUUACCAUAUUUAGGUGUUUUCUCAAUUCAUUAUAUUAAUUUUAUUAUGUUAACAUUUGUAAACCUCAGGUAGGUUUAGGUUAUUCUAUAUUUCUAUUUGUACAUUCGUAUUACCAAUACUAGAUAUAAUGGCAUAUAUAUAUAUAUAUAUAUAUCAUAUGUGGGCAGCUUUAUCAUUCUCUAAUAUUUUCCCAUCAUGAUCACUAACAUGUCCACAUUCUUCUUUUGAUUAUAUUCUUGUUGUUAUUGUUUUGCUCUGCUCUCCUUCUUCCCCCUUUUUUUCCCUCCCUUUUUUUUUGCUAAUAAGAUUUUUUGUUUUGAUACAAUGAAUUAAUAAAUAGUUUUUGUGUAAUGCUUUUUGUUUUUUUU